CUUCUCACACUUUUUGUACCUUGGCGCACUGUUACAGAUCUUUGUGACAUCAAUCAAACAUGGAAAGAUGCUCUUAAAUCUCGACAAAAUCGUGUUUCCAUUCGUUCAUGGAAGAUCAUAGAAAAUAUUCAACUUUUACAUGAAUGUAGAAAAGAUCGCGAUGAGCAUUUACUUCAAGUUAUUACUGAAGCUCAAACGGAUAAUGAUACAAUUAUCGAUCCCGUCCUUUUACCUGCAAAUCAACACAUUGAUGGCGAAUAUGAUAUGGACCAUAGUGAAGACUUAUUAGAAUUAAUAGGCAAUAUAGAUGAAUACACAACUGCAGUGAUUAAUGUCACAAAAAGAUCAACAGAAGAUAAAUAUAUUGAAGAAGCUAUUGAAGCAGUCGAAAGUGUUGGACGAUUUAAUCAUAUAAAUAGUAACCAAUCUUCUUUAAAUGAAAUUAUCGAUUCUGCGAAUCAACAGCUUGUAUCGUUCAUUUCUGCAACGCCAAAUCUUAUUCGAUUAAAUACAAAAUGGCAAGAACAACUGAAGAUUGAAAAAGAACGAGUCAGAAAAAGUUUAAUUACAGGCAACUACGCCAAUGCAGAUGAUAUAUUAGAUUUAUAUGCUGCAAAAGAUGCUGUUGUAACAAUGGUGAAUCCAAAUAAUUAUAAUAAAAACAAUUUUGAAAACUAUGGCUCAAUUCUUCCAGUCGUUUCAGUCGCAACCAAUUUUCCCACGCAAAAAAGCAUCGCUGAUGAAUUUACAUUAACUAGAGAACAACGAGCUGCAUUCAUGAUAAUAACAAGCCAUCUUGAUGGCGACAGCCGAUGUCUAACAGAUAAUAAUAAUGGUCAACUUAUAAUGUGCAUACCCGGAUGUGACGGUACAGGCAAAUCACAACUUAUUCGUGCUCUCAGCAAAUAUUUUCUUGUUACGAAAAGAAUGCAAAUGAUGCGAAAGCUUGCACCCACUGGAAUUGCUGCUGCUGAAAUAGGUGGUAUGACAAUUCAUUCAUUUUUGGGAGAACAACGUAAUUCUGGAAAGCCACGAACUAUCAAGCCAGGUGAUUUAAAACUCGAAAAAGAAUGGAGACUCGUCGAAUAUUUAUUAAUCGAUGAAAUGAGUAUGGUUGGUUUGAAUUUACUAGCAAAACUCAAUCGAAUCAUUUGCUCUGCAAAACGUGUCGAUCCACAAGUGCCAUUUGGCGGUGUAAAUGUUAUCUUUUUCGGUGACUAUUUACAAUAUCGACCUGUUUAUGAUGCACCAUUACACACCGAUUUUUCAGGACUAUCGAAAAAGAAAUCAGGUAAAUUGCCCAAUGAAAAAGAAAUUCAACAACAUGUUGCACGUUCUUUAAUUCUUCAAAACAACUGCGUCGUAAAACUUACUCAACAGAUGCGAACAGAAGAUCCACGGUAUCUUCAGUUACUUGAAAGACUUCGUCAUGGACAAUGCAACUACGACGAUUAUGAAUUAUUAUUGACACGAGUUAUUGGACAACCAUUAGUAGGCUCUCUGCAUGAUGCACCUUGGAAUAAAGUAUGUUUUCAUUUUCGUCUCCAAUAA